AAUAUGCAAAAUCAAAGUUUUAUAACUGAGUUUGUUCUCUUGGGACUUUCACAGAAUCCAGAUGUUCAGAAAAUAGUAUUCGUCCUAUUUCUGUUUGUCUACAUGGCAACUGUCAGUGGAAACCUGCUGAUUGUGGUGACCAUCCUCAGCACUCCAGCGCUUCUGAGCUCUCCAAUGUACUUCUUCCUGACUUUCCUGUCCUUUCUGGAUGUGUGUAUCUCCUCUGUCAUUGGCCCAAAGAUGAUUGUCGAUCUUUUUUAUAAGAAAAAAACUAUCUCCUUUGGAGGCUGUAUGACUCAGGUCUUUGUUGGACACUUCUUUGCUGGGACAGAGGUUAUUGUACUCACAGCUAUGGCCUAUGACAGGUAUGUGGCCAUCUGUAAGCCUUUGCACUAUUCUUCUAUCAUGAACUCAAGGCUCUGUGGCAUCUUAAUAGGAGUAGCCUGGUUAGGGGGCUUUCUGCAUUCCAUCAUACAAAUUGUCUUUACUUCUCAGCUACCAUUCUGUGGUCCCAAUAUCAUUGACCACUUCAUGUGUGACUUGUACCCAUUACUGAAGCUUGCCUGUACUGAUACUUAUGUCUUCGGUCUUCUGGUGGUAACCAACAGUGGCUUCUUUUGCAUCCUCAUCUUCUCCUUGUUGCUCAUAUCUUAUGGUGUCAUAUUGUUUUCUCUGAGAAGUCACAGCACUGAAGGUCAGAGAAAAGCCCUUUCUACUUGUGGAUCACACAUUGCUGUUGUGGUUAUGUUAUUUGUCCCAUGUAUAUAUGAGUAUGCACGACCUCCAUUUACUUUUUCCUUUGAUAAAAUAGUGGAAAUAUUCUACACCAUGUUAACUCCUUUGAUGAAUCCAUUGAUUUAUACCUUUAGAAAUAAGGAAAUGAAAAAUGCCAUGAAAAAACUGUGGAAAACUAGUUUUAUACCCUCAGAAGAAAUUUGCAAUGCAGUCAAUAGAAAGAAAAAUAAAUUUUGUGUUUAA